AUGGCUGCGAAGCUGCGAGCGCAUCAGGUGGACGUGGACCCGGACUUCGCGCCGCAGAGCCGGCCGCGCUCUUGUACCUGGCCCCUGCCGCAGCCCGACUUGGCCGGCGACGAGGACGGAGCUCUGGGUGCAGGGGUGGCUGAGUGCGCCGAGGACUGCGGGCCAGAGCGUCGGGCGACGGCCCCGGCGAUGGCCCCGGCGCAGCCCCUGGGCGCAGAGGUCGGACAGCUGCGGAAAGCGAAGAGCUCGCGGCGGAACGCGUGGGGAAACCUGUCCUACGCCGACCUCAUCACCAAAGCCAUCGAGAGCGCGCCGGACAAGCGGCUCACGCUCUCUCAGAUCUACGACUGGAUGGUCCGCUACGUGCCCUACUUCAAGGAUAAAGGCGACAGCAACAGCUCGGCUGGCUGGAAGAACUCCAUCCGGCACAACCUGUCGCUCCACACUCGGUUCAUCCGCGUACAGAAUGAGGGGACCGGCAAGAGCUCCUGGUGGAUGCUGAACCCCGAGGGCGGCAAGACCGGCAAGACCCCGCGGCGCCGCGCUGUGUCCAUGGACAACGGGGCCAAGUUCCUGCGCAUCAAGGGCAAGGCGAGCAAGAAGAAGCAGCUGCAGGCACCGGAGCAGAGCCCGGACCACAGCCCCCCAGGUGCAUCAGCCCCCGGGCCCUUGCCCGCCGCCGCCAAGUGGGCCGCCAGCCCCGCCUCGCACGCCAGCGACGACUACGACGCCUGGGCUGACUUCCGCGGAGGCGGCCGCCCCUUACUUGGGGAGGCGGCCGAGUUGGAGGACGAUGAGGCCCUGGAGGCCCUGGCGCCAUCGUCGCCGCUCAUGUACCCGAGCCCGGCGAGCGCGCUGUCGCCGGCUUUGGGCGCACGUUGCCCCGGGGAGCUGCCCCGCUUGGCCGAGCUGGCAGGCCCUCUAGGCAUGCAUGGCAGUGGCGCGGGGCUGCCGGAGGCCCUGCUGGACGGAGCUCAGGACGCAUACGGGCCUCGCGCCCGCGCCGGGGCGCCCGCCUACUUCACCCACCCUAUCAGCCUUAUGACGCUGCCCGGCGAGGCGGGCGCCGCGGGCCUGGUGCCUCCUGGCCACGCGGCGGUCUUUGGGGGCCCGCCGGGCGGCCUCCUGCUGGACGCGCUGCCGGGGCCCUAUGCGGCCGCUGGCCCGUUGGGUGCCGCACCCGACCGCUUUCCGGCCGACCUGGACCUCGACAUGUUCAGCGGGAGCCUGGAGUGCGACGUGGAGUCCAUCAUUCUCAACGACUUCAUGGACAGCGACGAGAUGGACUUCAACUUCGACUCGGCCCUGCCUCCGCCACCGCCUGGCCUGGCCGGGGCUCCGCCGCCCAACCAGAGCUGGGUGCCAGGCUGAGGGCAGCCUUCCUGCUGCGCUUCCUUCGGGUGCUCCCGCCCCGCCCCCACGGGCCCGCAGUCUUCCCACCCCAUCCCUAUGCCCCAUCCCGGUUUGCAGCCCCGUGCUGUGCAUUCCCUAGAAGGUGACCGCUGAGGGAAGUGGCUGGGUGGGGCAGGGACACCCCACCAUUCCUGCCCACACUCCCCUGGAGCAACGAGUCUGGGCGGGGUGGUACUCCUGGCUGACCACGGAGUAGUGAGGGGCAAUAUGGGGCUGCCUGCGGUGGGUGCUGGUCUGGGAAGCUGAACCUUAAGAUGGGGCGAGGGCAUCUCCCAUUCUUCCAUCUCAAUUUCAGGGCCCUCGAAAUUCCGAUCGGAUUCCUAACUGCACUCUUCCCCACGGGCCUUAGCCUCACCCACCCGGAGCCUGUGAUCCCCUUCGGAAAAACACCUUCUUAUCCACUACACCACCCUCGUCCCCACCCCGCGGCUCAGCCCCGCCUCCACCCCGGCAGGCCCUAGCUCUUUCUUUCCUGAACUCAGCACUGGUCCCCGAUUCCCCAACGGGGUCUCAGUUCCAGACCCACUCCACCCCCGACCCAACACCCCUUCUGGCCCCUCUCCCAUAUUUAUACGCGGCGGGUCGGGACCGGUGGCGGGCGCGGCGUCCCUGGCGCGUAUCGUAGGCAGUGUACUGUGGCCGUGCCGUCAGCGUGUGCGUGUGCGUGUGUGCCGUGUCGAGGCCGUGUAGAGUGCAUUGUACAGCAUAUUUUCAUGAAUAAAAUUGUUUUAAAUAUU